AUGGAGAUAUUCCGUAAGGCAGCGAUUGUACGGCUCCGUAGCCACAACGACAAAUACCUAAUCGCCGAUGAUGAUCAAGAAUCCGUUCAUCAAGACCGUCGCGGCACAACAAAAAAUACUAGAUGGACGGUCGAUAUCGUCCCUGGUUCCACUGUGAUCCGUCUUCAGAGCUGUUACGGCAAAUACCUUACCGCCACUAAUAUCCAUUUCCUCCUUGGAGCCACAGGCAAAAAGGUAUUUCAAACCUUGGCGGAAAAGUUGGAUUCAUCGGCGGAGUGGGAGCCAAUAUCGGACGAUGGUGUUCAUGUAAGGCUCAAGAGUCGGUACGGACAAUAUCUAAGGGCAAACAAAGGUUUACCACCAUGGAGAAACUCUAUCACACACGAUAUUCCUAGCCGUACGGUCACACAAGAUUGGAUCUUGUGGAGUAUUGAUGUUCUUCAAAUCCGAGUUAUCAAAGAUGAUGCAGAAUCUACCCAUAGUUCUUCCACAUUUUCACGGACCGAGUCAGGUGACUCGUCUAUUGUGAGUUUUCCACUAAAAUCCGAAGGAAGGCUGAUAAAUUACGAGAUCGGAGAUGAUUGUGGAAGCAUUAAUGAAGAAAUGGGAAAAAAAUCAUUGAUCUUCCAUGGAAGCGAGGUAGUAGAGUUAAAGAAGAGACUAGAGGAAGAAACAGGGAUCAAAGAUGUUACGGUUUGCACGAGAAACCCUUUGAAUGAGAAGCUUUGUCCUCUUCAAUUGCACCUUCCUCCAAACAACACAACAAUGCACAUCAUCGUUGUUCCUAAUUCUUCACUCGAGAUUGACAAGUGA